AUUGAAGGUUAUGGUUGAGAGAGAUUUGUAAGGUAUAAGCCCAAGGAAAUGUAAUAUUUGUUCCUGGAUAUCUCCAACGUCUCUGUGGUUCUUGAAUUCAUGGGCAACGUCAUUGAAUCAUUUGGUUCGGGCCUGGGAAACGCUGUUGGCAAACUUUUUGGUUCUCCAAUUGAAUUUCUUUCCGGAAAGUCUUGCAGUUCAGUAUGCGGACCAACAUGGGAUCUUGUAUGCUAUAUCGAGAAUUUUUGUGUUGCCAAUCUCUUCAGGCUGGCCAUGGUAUUUGUUCUGUUGUACAUUGUUCUGCUGUUCUUCUAUCUGCUGCAUAAAUUGGGCAUAUAUGGAUGUAUUAUCCGGUGUGUUUGCAGAAUGAUAUGGGCAUGUUUCUCUUCUUGUUUCCACAUUCUGGAGUAUUCUUGCACUUUCCUGUGUUUUCAACUAUACAAGGUCAGAAGGAGAAGAAAAAUGGUCAGAAUGGGCAUAAAUCAAAAGUUCCACUCUAAAACUAGAGAAGAUUACACUGAUGAAUGCCUUUCAUACCAUUUUCCAACAUCUGCAAAAAUAAGCAAAUCAUUUUCGCGUAGAAGGAGAGACUAUAAAGGCUCCCACUUAAGAAAGUCUUUGCGGCCUAGGAAACAUCAUGCUCGAGUUGAAAUUAGUAGAGAUCUUAGUUAUAAAAAUAAAAGGAAUCAUAGUUUUGGAGAUCCCAUUUACACAGGCAGUGCCAUUAAUCUUGGCAAUUACAGAGGCACAGUCCAUGACGUCAAGGUAACCCAUUCAUCUAAGUUUGCCAGAAAAGGUAUAAACAAAAGAAAAAGAGUUCUUCAAAAGCAGAGAUGCUAG